AUGGAUAAAACUAAUAAUAAACGUAAAAAAGAAAACUCAAGUAUUAUUUGGGACUACUAUUUUGAGGAGUAUGAUGAAGAGGAAAAACAGUUAUAUCUUGUUUGUCAGGACAUCUUUGGAGAAAUCAUAGAAUUAAUAAAAAUCAUCCAGAAGAGCUAG